GGUUUUAUAGUUGAUUAGGGAGAUAUAUUUAUUGGGGGGUGGGGUGGGGGAGGACAGAGAGAGUAGAAGAGCAGAGUUGAGAGUUGAGAGAAUGAGAAUGAGAGCGAAAUCCAAAUGGUGUCAGGUUGUGGCUGCUUUUUAAGUUGUAAUCGAAAAUCAAAGGGAUGGAGAUGGAUAGGUUGAGACAGUGAAUGGUUUACUUUCUAGAGUUUGAAGGGAAAAGGAAAGCAAAAUAGAAAAAAAAGAUUAAAAUAAAAUAAAAGCAAAGAAAGCGUAACAGAAGAGACCAGAGAGCAGGAGGGAGGGAGGGAGUGUGAGUGUGAUGGGCUCGGAGCAAAACAGAUUCCCUCAGCAGGAACGCGAGCGGCGAAAAAGAUGGGGUGGAUGUUGGAGUGCAUUGUCUUGUUUUGGUACACAAAAAGGUGGAAAGCGAAUUGUACCUGCAUCUCGAAUUCCUGAGGGGAAUGCAUCAGCGGCGCAGCCAAAUGGACCCCAAGCAGUUGGGUUGACCAACCAAGGCACAGCACUAGCUCCAUCACUUUUGGCUCCGCCUUCUUCACCGGCAUCAUUUACAAAUUCUGCACUUCCGUCAACAGUGCAGUCACCUAGUUGUUUCUUGUCUUUAUCUGCCAACUCACCUGGAGGUCCUUCAUCAACCAUGUUUGCCACUGGGCCAUAUGCCCAUGAAACACAACUGGUUUCCCCUCCUGUCUUCUCAACCUUCACAACUGAGCCAUCCACUGCUCCUCUCACUCCCCCACCAGAGCUAGCUCACCUAACUACACCCUCUUCCCCAGAUGUGCCUUUUGCUCACUUCCUUUCAUCUUCAGUGGAUCUUAAAAGCACAGACAAGAGCAACUAUAUUGCUGUAAAUGAUCUUCAUUCAACAUAUUCUCUAUAUCCUGGAAGUCCUCCCAGUAGUAUCAUAUCGCCAAUUUCAAGGACGUCAAAUGAAUGUUCAUCAUCAUCUUUUCCUGAGCGUGAGUUUCCAACACAAUGGGAUUCCUCAGUUUCUCCCAAAAAUGGCAAAUAUCCAAGGAAUGAUUCUGGCAGACUAUUCGAGCAUGAUGCAACUGGUGGCCCUAUGACAUCUCAAGAUUCAAAUUUCUUCUGCCCUGCCACAUUUGCACAGUUCUAUGUGGAUAAUCCACCAUUUCCUCAUGCUGGUGGGAGGUUAAGUGUUUCCAAGGAUUCAGAUGCUUACUCUACUGGUGGAAAUGGACAUCAGAAUAGGCACAGUAAAAGUCCCAAGCAAGAUGUGGAAGAAAUAGAAGCUUACAGAGCAUCGUUUGGGUUCAGUGCUGAUGAAAUUAUCACCACAUCACAGUAUGUGGAAAUUUCUGAUGUCAUGGAGGACUCAUUUACCAUGACACCAUUUACCUCUAAUAAAUUGCCAAUGGAUGAAAGUAUAGAACCAGCAUCAAUCAGUGGACUGAAAGCAAUAAAAACACAGACAAGUGCACAAAGUCAGAAGAGUCUUGAAUCAGAGUUGGAUCUUAUUGAUGGGGGUAGAUGCUGUGAAGUGCCAGCACUAUCCAAUGGAUUUGAAGAUCAUAAAUCAUGGAAGCCACCUGGUGAUAUAUCUGGAUCAAGUACACCUGGAAAUAGAAUUUUGACCGAUGAGGAUGACAUAUUUUCAAAAGUGGGAUCAUCUAGAAUGAGCAAGAAAUAUCAACUGGGUCUGUCUUGCUCUGAUGCAGAAAUUGAUUAUAGAAGUGGUAGAAGCGUAAAAGAAGGAAAAGGAGAUUUCAAAUGGCACGAGUAGCAGAAAAAAAGCAAAAAGAAAAAAAGAAAAAAAAGGGAUUUUCAUUUGUUUACGAUGUGUAUUAUUUUGCUACUAGCUUUUGUCGACACUUUAUUUGGGGCAUAUGUGAUAGUAGGUGGAAUGAUCUAACCUAUGAUCUAACCUGUUCCCUCCGAGACCCAGGUGUGUGGCCUGGUUGUCUCUCAGAUUGCCGAAUGUAUUGUGAAUGUAUCAAAGUAUAUGUAUUAAUGGAACAUCUAUUGCAACAGCAGUUUAGUUACUGCUACGGAUUGGAUUCUGUAUUUCUGGGGGUUUUGCCAGUCCAAUUGUGAUUUGUGAA